AUUUCCACACACAGCCAUAUUUUAAAAAAGUCUUCACUUUCGUACCAGUGGCAAUAAAAGUAGUUAGUACCCUUCUGCCCCAGAUCGCACUGUUCCUUUACACUGCACACCUUUAUUGUUCAUACUGACGCUCACACACUAACACAAAAGUUAAAAAAAUUUUUUUUUUGAAAAAAUAAAUAAUGAAAAAAAAAUGAGUGCGUUCCCAAAGCGCGCUCACGUGGAAGGCGACUCGCGUGAGCGCGCUCACAUGCUGCUGCUGCUGCUGCUGAAACUGCUUGCGGAUGACGCGCAUGCGCAUUAGGACCCUUUGGCGGCUGCGGGACCUGACACUUCACUAUUUUGCGCUCUGUCGUCCUGCCCGUGUCUCGCUGUGUCUCUCUGUGUCUCUCUGUGUGUCUCUAUGGAAAGUCCCGGGAUGCUGGAGCUGGAGCUGGAGGAAGGUUUCCAGAAGGAACCCAAAUUGACUGAAAUGAAGGUGAUGGAGUCGUAGCUACGGCCGUCCUUCUGUCCCACCCCCUUUUUCCAUCCCAUCAUGGUGUACGGGGAGAUCCUGCACCGCCUCGGGCCGGACGAGAACUUCCUCAACCUGAAUGUUGGUGGCUUCAAGCAGAAAGUGUCUCGCUCUGUCCUCCAGCGCUUCCCACACACUCGUCUCGCCCACUUGCUGCUCUGCAGCUCUGAGGCGGCCAUAUUGGAGCUGUGUGAUGACUACAGUGCAACGGAGCACGAGUUCUAUUUCGACCGCAACCCGCGAUUCUUCCCCUACGUACUGAACUUUUACCACACUGGAAAAAUCCACCUGAUGGAGGAGCUGUGUGUGUUCAGCUUCAGCCAGGAACUCGAGUACUGGGGCAUCAAGGAGCUUCAUCUGGACUCGUGCUGCAGCAACAAGUUCCACGAGCAGAAAGUGGGCGAAAAAGAACAGGACUGGGACCGGAACGAUGAAGAUCCGCUUCAAGACAGCUUUGAUUCCUCCUCCUCCGAGUUCUCAGAGAUGGAGAAGGACGUGGAAAAGUUUGAAGGCACCUGGUGCUCGGAGAAACGUAAGCAGCUGUGGCUGAGGCUGGAGAACCCGGGACAUUCUUUCACAGCUAAGAUUCUAGCGGUGGUUUCUCUGAGUGUGGUUCUGAUCAGCAUUGUGGCCAUGUGUGUUCACAGCAUGCCUGAGUUCCACCAAGUGGAUGCUAACGAGCGGGCCGUGGAGGAUCCAGUUCUAGCCUCCUUUGAGACUUUUUGCGUGCUCUGGUUCACCUUCGAGUUUGUGGUGCGUUUAGCGGUGGCUCCUUGUCUCCGUAAGUUCAUCAGCAAUGCUCUGAACGUCAUCGAUUUUGUCUCCGUAGUUCCGUUUUAUGCUACGUUAGUGCUGGAAAAAGCAGACGCUGAGGAAAGUGAGGAGCUGGAGAACGUAGGGAAGGUGGUGCAGAUCCUGAGGCUCAUGCGCAUCUUCAGGAUACUGAAGCUAGCACGUCACUCUGCAGGACUCCGUUCUCUCGGCGCAACGUUACGUCACAGCUACCACGAGGUGGGGCUGCUUGUCCUCUUCCUCUCUGUCGGGAUCUCCAUCUUCUCCGUACUGGUCUACUUUGCCGAGAGAGAGGAGGAAGAGUCGGAGAUCCAGACGAUUCCAAUCGGAUGGUGGUGGGCCACGAUUAGCAUGACCACAGUGGGAUACGGAGACACGUAUCCCGUCACGCUGGCUGGGAAGCUCAUCGGGACGCUGUGCAUCGUGUGUGGCCUCCUGGUGGUGGCGCUGCCCGUCACCAUCAUCUUCAACAAAUUCUCCAAGUAUUACGAGAGACAGAAGGCUCUGGUGGAGACGGAUCAAUAUGAAAGCAACUUAAAAGUUCCCAUUCCGGGGAUUCCUAUAUUCAGCAUGAACGAUCUUUAUGCUAACGGUAACGCCAUUAACUCUAUUUUGGACAGUUUGUCUACCAGAAGCAGCACAGGAAGUGACAGAGCCGAUAAAGCCAGUCAGGACAGUGAGACCGAAACUUGUGCUGCUUCAUGACUUUUUCUUAUUCAUUUGUUUUAAAUGAAUUCUUUGCAGUUAGAAAUGAGAAGCAACAUGCUAGUUAGAAUUACCCUGCAUUCACACUAGCCACUGGGGCAACUGGGGCGGAGCUUAACGUCACACGUGUGACUACGCGAUAUCCUCGCAAGCCUUCAUCCGACUUCUUCCUUGUAAUGUGACGCAUAAAAUAAACCCUGAAACCCUCCUAAACUCUGAGAACUAGCCCAUAAAAUAUCGGACAUUUAACAGCACAAAUAGCAACGUUAGCUAGCCAAUAAUUAGCCGACAGAGAAUCUUCACAAAAACCCACAAAAUGUGCCUUGUUUUGAUGGGAAUGUUUGCAGGCAUGUAACAGAACAAAUUUGUGAGAUUUCUGUCCUGACCGCUGUGACGUGAGACGUAGCGUAUCAGUGACCUCAGAUACAUUAUGAUGACGAACCUACAGCUGCAUCCCAAAUCACUUACUUACUAUUAAUCAGGUAAAUAAUGAGGAAGGGGGCGGGGCUACCAGACGCAGACUCUGGUUGAAGGAACAUUUUUAAGAUGGCUGACGACAACCUGGAUGAGACGUCUUACAAACGAAUGUCUCCUCUUUUGCAUUUGAUGUCUUUUUUACCAUAGAAUCAGCUUCUACGUACCGUUCUUAAAAACCACCGUGUUCCCUUUGAGACGCUACGACCCUUCUGACCUCCGUCAGCUAAAGAUCUUACGGCGCAUCGUGUAGCGUGUAGUACACGUCUUCUCGGGUCUAAAGAAAAGUACCCGACCCGAAGUGACCCGAAUCACUUUUUACCCGAACCCGACAUGCAUAAUUUAUUUAUUUUUUUUAAGAAAGACCCGACCCAAGACAAACCUGGAAAAAUCAGACCGGAGUCCGACCUGUUGGCAAUUUUUUUUUAACCCGACUGGACCCGAAUGUUGCAUAACUCUGCACUAAAGUAACCGCUACAGCAUGGAUUCAACAUUGAUUGACAGGUCUGUUUCAACGAAAAUGAGCUU